AUGUGGUGUAAUCCAUCCAUCCAUUCUCCUCGCUGUGUUCCGGACAACCGGAUUCCCCUCACCGCGCCAUCGCCACAAACGCUGCCCGUGCCCGACUCCCCGCCCCGCGCUCGACACUCCCCCAUCAGCAUCCGCGUCCACUGGCCACAAUCAUGGCCGCCCUCCUCUUCUCCUCCACCCGCCUCUCCGCCACCACCUCCACCUCCUCUCGCCCGGCGCCCAGCUUCCUCUCCUUCCCCACCACCCCCAGCCUCAUCACUCGGCGUCGCAGCCGGGCCCUGCUCCUCGCCUCCUCCGCUCCGCCGCCCGCCCCGGCCCCGGCUGCGGCGGCGCAGCCCUUCCGCGCGCUUCCAGCCUCCGAGACCACGGUCCUCGUCACGGGCGCCACGGGCUACAUCGGCCGCUACGUCGUCCGGGAGCUCCUACGCCGGGGCCACCGCGUGCUCGCUGUGGCCCGCCGCAGCAGCGGUAUCCGCGGCCGCAACUCCCCCGAGGACGUCGUCUCCGACCUCGCCCCGGCCCGCGUCGUCUUCUCCGACGUCACCGACCCGGCGGCCCUGCUCGCGGACCUCUCCCCGCACGAGCCCAUCCACGCCGCCGUCUGCUGCCUCGCCAGCCGCGGCGGCGGCGUGCAGGACUCGUGGCGCGUCGACUACGAGGCCACGCUGCACACGCUCCAGGCCGCGCGCGGGCUCGGCGCGGCGCAUUUCGUGCUCCUCUCCGCCAUCUGCGUCCAGAAGCCGCUCCUCGAGUUCCAGCGCGCCAAGCUCAAAUUUGAGGAGGAGCUCGCCGGUGAGGCCGCGCGGGACCCCGCGUUCACCUACAGCAUCGUCCGCCCCACGGCCUUCUUCAAGAGCCUCGGCGGCCAGGUCGAGACCGUCAAGAACGGCCAGCCGUACGUCAUGUUCGGCGACGGCAAGCUCUGCGCCUGCAAGCCCAUCAGCGAGGACGACCUCGCCGCCUUCAUCGCCGACUGCAUCUUCGACGAGGACAAGGCCAACAAGGUGCUGCCCAUCGGCGGGCCCGGGAAGGCGCUCACGCCGCUGGAGCAGGGAGAGAUGCUGUUCCGGCUGCUCGGGCGCGAGCCCAAGUUCAUCAAGGUGCCCAUCCAGAUCAUGGACGGUGUCAUCUGGGUGCUCGAUGGAUUGGCCAAGCUGUUUCCGGGGCUGGAGGACGCCGCCGAGUUCGGCAAGAUUGGGAGGUACUACGCAUCGGAGAGCAUGCUGCUGCUGGACCCGGAGACCGGGGACUACAGCGACGAGUUGACGCCAAGCUAUGGCAAGGACACGCUCGAGCAGUUCUUUGAGAGGGUGAUAAGGGAAGGGAUGGCGGGGCAGGAGCUUGGCGAGCAGACCAUAUUCUAGGGCAUUUUCCAUUACCAGUUUCUGGGCAAGGAGCGAGCUUGUAAAUUCCGGAUCGAGAUUGUAGAGAGACAGAGUGGUGAGAAUUUGGGUGAGAAUUUGACUUCUGAUUAUGCAAACACGGUCCACAAUUCAAUUCUACCGUAGUACAAUGCAUUCUCUAAUGUUAAGGAGGCGUAAUUUUGCUAUUCGAAGUCGUAUAUAAAUCAAAGAUGACUUCUUUUCUGCAGA